AAUCUAAUGAUUGACUCUCCUAUGAUUAGCUGCCAAAGUCUUAUGUCCUUUUAAAUCUUAACAAUUUAUUACAAAUUAAUCCUUUUUUAAAUUCUGGGUUUACUGGGAAUCUCCAAAGCAGCACCUUGCCAAACUGCUGCAACCCCAGAUCUGGUUAAAGGUGCUUGGAAUAGAGUGUGGGGUAAAUAAACAACAAUUUUUCUUAUGAAACUUGCUGUUUGGUGAUUUGGUUCUCAAUUUGUAGUACAAGAGCUGCUUGAGAUGAUGUUUUCUGUUCAGAAGUGGAAAUGUUCAUGGUCUCUGGUGGCUACAGUUGCUUCUGUUAUAGUGCUAGUUUCAGUAGUUCAUCUAUUCCUGUUUCCAGUUGUCCCUUCUUUUGAUUACUUCAGUGCCCCGCAAGUUCAGUACAAAUGUGUUCCUAUUAAUGCAUCAGCUGAAAAGGGUGCUGACCAUGUUUGGGAAAAUAUACAACCAGGUCUUGAUUUAGAUCACAGGUUUCCUUCUGACUUGCAUAAUGGAGUUGUUUAUCAUAAUGCACCAUGGAAGGCAGAAAUUGGGCAGUGGCUUUCUGGUUGUGAUGCAAUUGCUAGGGAAGUCAAUAUUGUUGAGACAAUAGGUGGUAGGCGCUGCAAAGGUGACUGCAGCGGUCAAGGUGUUUGCAAUCAUGAAAUGGGCCAAUGCAGAUGCUUUCAUGGAUUUAGUGGAGAAGAAUGCUCUGAGAGGGUACAUUUGAGUUGCAAUUACCCUAAAACACCUGAGCUACCAUAUGGGCGAUGGGUUGUCUCAAUAUGUUCUGCUCAUUGUGACACUACCAGAGCUAUGUGCUUUUGUGGAGAAGGCACAAAAUAUCCAAAUCGUCCUAUGGCAGAGGCAUGCGGGUUUCAAAUCAACUUACCUUCUGAACCUGGAGGUCCCAAACUUGCCGACUGGUCAAAAGCUGACCUAGAUAAUAUUUUUACAACAAAUGGUAGCAAACCAGGGUGGUGUAAUGUAGACCCAGAUGCAGCAUAUGCUUCAAAAGUGCUCUUUAAAGAGGAAUGUGACUGCAAAUAUGAUGGUCUUUGGGGACGUUUCUGUGAAGUGCCUGUUGAAAGUGUUUGUAUCAAUCAAUGCUCUGGACAUGGCCAUUGCCGUGGUGGGUUUUGCCAGUGCCAUAAUGGUUGGUAUGGGACAGACUGCAGUAUUCCUUCAGUUGUAUCUCCUAUGGGAGAGUGGCCUAAGUGGCUCCGUCCUGCUCAGGUUGAUAUUCCUAGUGUUGAACUCACAGGAAACCUUGUCAAUCUCAAUGCUGCAGUGAAAAAGAAAAGGCCCCUUAUCUAUGUAUAUGACUUACCCCCAGAGUUCAACAGUUUACUUCUGGAGGGACGACAUUUUAGGUUUGAGUGCGUAAACAGAAUCUAUGAUGACAGGAAUGCAACAUUGUGGACAGAUCAGUUGUAUGGCUCCCAGAUGGCACUCUAUGAGAGUGUUUUAGCUAGUCCAUAUCGAACAUUAAAUGGUGAAGAAGCAGAUUUUUUCUUUGUUCCUGUUCUGGAUUCUUGCAUCAUAACACGUGCUGAUGAUGCACCCCAUUUGAGCAUGGAGAAUCAUACUGGCCUGAGGAGCUCUCUCACUUUGGAAUUUUAUAGGAAGGCAUAUGAUCACAUUGUUGAGAAAUAUGCUUAUUGGAACCGCUCAGCAGGAAGAGACCAUGUUUGGUCUUUUUCAUGGGAUGAAGGUGCUUGCUAUGCCCCUAAGGAGAUAUGGAAUAGCAUGAUGUUGGUUCAUUGGGGUAAUACAAAUUCUAAGCACAACCACUCAACAACUGCCUACUGGGCUGACAACUGGGACACGAUUCCAUCUGAUAGAAGAGGGAACCAUCCUUGUUUCGAUCCUGCGAAAGAUCUUGUUCUUCCUGCUUGGAAACGUCCUGAUGUUACUGCCUUGAGUGCCAAACUGUGGUCUAGGCCUCGUGAGAAGCGGAAGAUGCUAUUUUACUUCAAUGGAAAUCUAGGACCAGCUUUUACAAGUGGAAGACCAGAAACUACGUAUAGCAUGGGGAUCAGACAGAAACUGGCAGAUGAGUUUGGAUCAACCCCUAACAAGGAGGGAAAACUAGGGAAACAGCAUGCAGAAGAUGUGAUUGUGACUCCUCUUCGUUCUAAUAACUAUCAUGAGGAUAUAGCCAAUUCUACUUUCUGCGGUGUGCUGCCUGGAGAUGGUUGGAGUGGUCGCAUGGAAGACAGUGUUUUGCAAGGAUGCAUUCCUGUGGUUAUUCAGGAUGGGAUCUUCCUGCCUUACGAGAAUGUGCUCAACUAUGAGAGCUUUGCUGUUAGAAUACAUGAAGACGAAAUUCCAAAUUUGAUAAAGAUUCUACGGGGAAUCAAUGAAACAGAAAUAGAAUUCAAGUUGACCAAUGUACAGAAAAUAUGGCAGAGGUUCCUCUAUCGCAAUUCUAUUUUGCUAGAAGCUGAAAGGCAAAAAACUCUUUUUGGCCGAGUGGAGGAUUGGGCGGUUCAAUUCUUGCAACAAACUGAAGAUGACGUCUUUACAACAUUUUUACAGGUUCUGCACUACAAGUUACAUAAUGACCCUUGGAGGCGGCAACUUGCUCACCUUAAAAAGGAGUAUGGAGUACCACCAGAAUGUUUGAUAAGAACCAAGUGAAGAGCUAUAAACUAGCAUACAUAGCAUGCUGCAGUCCAAGAGCUGAAGUGUCCAGAGCAAAUGUACAUGAAUCAACAUUUUAGCUUCUAGCAAAGGAUUGAGUUUCAGAAAACUGUGUUAGAGCUUAAAAGUGUGUAAAACCGGCCAGCAGGAUAUCGAUAAGAAAGCUGGAUAUCCCAAGGCAUGCCAAUUCUUGCAAGGUUCUCAACCAAACAGAAGUGGAUACAGAAUACAGGAUUUUGUUACAAUUUUUUAAGAAGAGUAUUUAAAAGAAUAAGAAAGAAGGAAAGUUUUAUGGGGGAAGUGAUGUGGGGCUGAGGGGGUGUUGGAAUAUACAAGUGCAUGUUAGCAAAGAGAUGGGGGAGUUGAACCCUUUUUUCGUUUUGUUUUUCAUUUGUAAGCCAGACUUCAUUUUUGUUUUUUAUUUGUAAGCCAAACUUCAUUUUUGUCUACACAAACAUUGUGAAUUGUGGUA